AUGGCGGACCCUUACUCACCCAGGAGCCAGGCGGGGACCGAUCAGCCUGAAGUGCUGCAGAGCUACUUCGAUCCAAGCAACGAUCUCGCUACACAAGCGGAUGCGUACUCCUUUCUUGAUUUCGACGAUCCAGGCGCCAGCUCCAGCUACCCCCAGUUUACAGACCCCCUUAGUCAGUACGAAGGUUUGGUGCCUGACCCGUGGAGCGAUGAUUUGGUGGCGCCUCCCAAGUUGAGAGAGGAAGUGACGAACCAGAAGCCUCACUUGUCUCAGAAGUCAGAAGUCUCCGGUGGAGAAGAAGGGCACAAGAACGCCGAUGGAUUGGUGGGUGGUGUCAAGGACCUGAGCCUGGAGGACCACCCUGAGGACGACGGGGAUUACGACACCAGGAAGGACCUGCCGGAGUAUGCCUGCAAGUAUUGCGGGAUCCACAAUGCUGCGUGCGUUGUGCGCUGCAAUGCCCCCAAUUGCAAGAAGUGGUUCUGCAACUCCAGGGGGAACACCUCGGGGUCGCACAUCAUCAGUCAUCUGGUCCGCGCCAAGCACAAGGAAGUCAGCCUGCACAAGGACAGCCCCCUUGGCGAGACAAUGCUCGAGUGCUACAACUGCGGCUGCCGCAACGUGUUCUUGCUCGGGUUCAUCGCCGCCAAGUCGGACAGCGUGGUUGUGCUGCUCUGCCGCGAGCCGUGCCUCAGUGUGAACAGCCUCAAGGAUAUGAACUGGGACCUCGCACAGUGGGAGCCGCUCGUCAGCGACCGCUGCUUUCUGCAGUGGCUUGUCAAGGUCCCCUCGGACCAGGAGCAAUUGCGUGCGCGCCAGAUCAGUGCGCAGCAAAUCAACAAGAUCGAGGAGCUCUGGAAGACAAACCCAGAAGCCUCCCUGGAGGACCUCGAGAAGCCGGGGGUCGAUGACGAACCGCAGCCAGUGGCGCUCAGGUACGAGGAUGCAUACCAGUACCAGAACGUCUUCGGCCCGCUGAUCAAGCUGGAGGCGGAGUACGACAAAUACAUGAAGGAGACGCAGAGCAAGGACAGCAUCACUGUGCGCUGGGACACGGGGCUCAACAAGAAGCGCGUCGCAUAUUUUCUCUUUCCGAAGGAGGACAACGACCUGCGGCUUGUGGCCGGGGACGAGCUGCGGCUGCGCCACCCGGGAGACUCGUCGCACUCGUCGUGGACGUCCGUCGGACACGUGGUCCGGCUCACGCCUCAGGAGGAGGUCGCACUGGAGCUGAGGAACGGACAGGGUGCCCCCACCGACCUCACUCAUGGCUUCACGGUGGAGUUCGUUUGGAAAGCGACCAGCUUUGAGCGCAUGCAAGCAGCGAUGAGGACUUUUGCUGUCGACGAGACGAGCGUCAGCAGCUACAUCUACCACCGCAUUUUGGGCCACGAAGUAGAGGAGCAGCAAAUGAAGGUGGCGCUCCCCAAACGCUUCGGCGCUCCGGGGCUGCCCGAGCUGAACCACUCCCAGGUGCAGGCCGUCAAGACGAUCCUGCAGCAGCCCGUCAGCCUCAUCCAGGGCCCCCCCGGGACGGGCAAGACCGUGACGUCAGCGGCGAUCGUGUUCAACCUGGCGCGCAUGGGCCAGGGGCAGGUUUUGGUGUGCGCCCCAAGCAACGUGGCGGUGGACCAGCUGGCCGAGAAGAUCAGCGCGACCAACCUGAAGGUCGUGCGCCUGAGCGCCAAGUCGCGCGAGGCCAUCCUGUCGCCCGUGGAGCACCUCACGCUGCACUAUCAGGUGCGUCACCUUGCAACAGACGACAAGAACGAGCUUGUGAAGCUUCAGAUGCUUAAAGACGAGCAAGGCGAGCUGUCGAGCGCUGACGAGAAGAAGUACAAGGCCCUGAAGCGCAACAACGAGCGCGAGAUCCUGCAGAACGCUGACGUCAUCUGCACCACGUGCGUGGGCGCGGGCGACCCCCGCCUGAGCAACUUCCGGUUCCGCCAGGUCCUCAUCGACGAGUCGACACAGGCAACGGAGCCGGAGUCGCUCAUCCCGCUCGUGCUGGGAGCCAAGCAGCUCGUCCUAGUUGGCGACCACUGCCAGCUGGGCCCCGUCAUCAUGUGCAAGAAGGCCGCCAAAGCAGGGCUCGCGCAGUCCCUCUUCGAGCGGCUCAUAUUGCUGGGGGUCAAGCCGGUGCGGCUGCAAGUCCAAUAUCGAAUGCACCCCAACCUGUCGGAGUUCCCGUCCAACUGCUUCUACGAGGGCACGCUGCAGAACGGCGUCACGUGGAGCGACCGCAUGCAGACCGCGGUGGACUUCCCGUGGCCGAUUGCGACCAAGCCCAUGUUCUUCUACGUCCAGAUGGGCCAGGAGGAGAUCAGCGCGAGCGGGACGUCCUACCUCAACCGGACAGAGGCCGCCAACGUGGAGAAGAUCGUCACCACGUUUCUCAAGUCGGGCGUCAACCCCUCCCAGAUUGGAGUGAUCACGCCGUACGAGGGCCAGCGGGCCUUUGUCGUCAGCUUGAUGGCACGCGUCGGGCCACUGAAGCAGCAGCUUUACAAGGACAUCGAGGUCGCAAGCGUAGACUCGUUCCAGGGGCGGGAGAAGGACUUCAUCGUUCUGUCCUGCGUCAGGAGCAACGAGCACCAGGGCAUCGGCUUCCUGAACGACCCCCGCCGCCUCAACGUCGCCCUCACGCGCGCGCGCUACGGCGUGAUCGUGCUUGGCAACCCGAAGGUCCUCUCCCGCCAACCUCUCUGGAAUGCGCUUCUCUGCCACUACAAAGAGCACGAGGUUCUCGUCGAGGGGCCCCUCAACAACUUGAAGCAGAGCAUGGUCCAGUUCCAAAAGCCGCGCCGGGUAGUGAAUGAGCGGAGGAUGUACGGACCUGGGGAAGGCGGGCCGGAGGGGCGAUUCGUGCCGGUGCCGACCGCGAGCGCAGCGAGCGGGGGCGACCGGCGGGGCCGGGGGCGUGGCGGAGGGGGUUUCAUCCCAUUCAAUCCAAUCCCCAACGGCCACCACCGUCACGGCCCACCCCGCGCCCCCAUCCCUGCACCCCCGUAUCCUGGCGCGUCCAUUCACCAACCCUACGCAAUCCCGUUCGGCCGCGGCUCCCGCAACAACAUCAACGGACACGUUCCGAACGUUCCCCCCCCCAGCGGUGCAGGCUUCCGCGGCGCUGGAAGAGGACACGUGGCAGGCCCCGGGCAGGGCCACGUGGCCAACCCUCACGGCACGAUCGGCCCUGCGCGCAGCGCGAGUCCGUAUGCCGGUUACGGCCUUAACCCGCUGACCCAAGCCCCGCUAACCCAAAGCAUGAGUCAAGGGGGCGCGAGCGAGUUUGCCACAGACGCGAUGUCGCAGGACUUCAACUUCGGGGACGAGUACAAGUCGCAGAGCUUCUACGGGGGGCUGGAGUUCGGGGCCCGGGACGGGUAUGCGGCGCCCCCCGGGGGAGACUUCGCGACGCAGCCGCUGUUCUCGGGGUUAGACAGCGAGACGCAACCGGCGAGUCAGGCGGACUUUGGGGUGCCCGCCUCGCAGAGCUUCGGCAUGGCCAACGGGGACUUCAUGUCGCAGGACUACUCCUUCCAGGACUCCCUGGGUCCCACCACUCAAGCCGGCUUCACCGACCGCAACCAGGACGCUUCCCCGAGCACUCAGCUCUCUGCUUUCGAGCCCAGCCAAACCACCCGGUAUCCGAGUCUUGAAGGAUUUGGUACCCAGCCCUUCACGCAGCAGGCGGCCACCGGGCAAGAUGAGAAAGAGAGCCGCGGUUGA